UCUGUUUUUUUUUUUCUUCUUCCCAUUUGUUAAUCUUCACCAAUAUAUUUUUCAAAUUGCAAUUAUUUUUUAAUAUUCACAAAUAUAUCUUUCUUAAGUUUCAAUAUCUCAAUAAAAAUAGAAAUAAAAAAUGAAGUUUUUGGGGUUUCAACGAGAUUUGUGGAACCUCUGGAAUCUGGAAUCUGGAAUCUGGAACCUCUCAUAUGUGAUACGCAAAACUCGAAUUGCAGAAGCUCGAAUUCCAGUGGGAUUAUCGAGAAUGACGAACAAAGGAGACUCAGAACACAAGUUACAUGCAAGGAUGAGACUCUGGGAAUUUCCUGAUGAGUAUAUUGUUGAGCCUACUGAUGGCACAGGAGGCUCCUUUUUGUCGGUCAGCCGGGUUGAUGGAUCCAUGAAGCUAAUUGAUGAACUUCCACAUUGUAGUGCGGUGCGUGUACCUAAAAUACAGACAAUUUAUGGUGUAAUGGGGGUGUUGAAGCUCUUGGCAGGGUUAUAUUUAUUUGUUAUAACGGAACGUGAAUGUGUUGGAUCUUACUUGGGGAAUCCGAUUUUUAAAGUUUCGUCUAUAAAGAUAUUGCCAUGUGAUCAUUCUCUUAAGAGUUCCCCAGCAGAGCAGAAAAGGGUGGAGACGGAAUAUUCCUCUUUACUAAAUGCUGCAGAGAGUACUCCUGGGCUGUUUUUCUCUUAUGAUGCCAAUCUAACACUGAGUAUGCAGAGAUUGCAUGAUUUAGGAGAUGAAUCAAAGACGAUCCCUCUUUGGAGACAGGCAGACCCAAGAUAUUUGUGGAACAACUAUAUGAUGGAAGUGCUUAUUGACAACAAGCUUGAUCCAUACUUGCUUCCCGUUGUUCAAGGAAGUUUUCAUCACUUCCAAGCUGCUAUAGGGAAGGAUAUCGUGGAUGUCACUGUGAUUGCUCGCAGAUGUACCAGGCGGACUGGUACCCGAAUGUGGAGAAGAGGAGCUGAUCCUGAUGGUUAUGUUGCUAAUUUUGUUGAAACUGAGCAAAUUAUGCAGUUGAAUGGGUAUGCAGCAUCUUUUGUGCAGGUACGUGGGUCAAUGCCAUUCUUCUGGGAGCAAAUUGUUAAUCUGAAAUAUAAACCAAAAUUUGAAAUUGUGAAACCAGAGGAAGCACCACGAGUUGCUGAGCGGCAUUUCCUGGACUUAAGGAAAAGAUAUGGUGCUGUGCUUGCUGUUGAUCUUGUCAAUAAGGAUGGAGGUGAGGGCCAUUUGUGUGAGAUGUAUGGGAAUGCAAUGCAGCAGAUUAUGAAUGAGGAUAUAAGAUAUUUACACUUCGAUUUCCAUCGUAUAUGUGGACACAUACAUUUUGAGCGACUUUCGAUUUUGUAUGACCAAAUGUCAGAUUUUUUAAACAAAAACAGGUAUCUCCUACUGAAUGAAAAAGGUGAAAAAAUUGAGGAGCAAACUGGCAUUGUGAGGACUAAUUGUAUUGAUUGCUUAGAUCGCACCAAUGUCACUCAGAGCAUGAUAGGACGGAAAAUGUUGGAAUUUCAACUAAGGCGUAUAGGUAUAUUUGGUGCUGAAGAGACCAUUAGCGCACAUCCAAACUUUGAUGAGAACUUUAAAAUAUUGUGGGCAAAUCAUGGGGAUGAUGUAAGCAUCCAGUAUUCUGGCACUCCUGCUCUAAAAGGAGAUUUUGUCAGAUUUGGUCAGCGUACAAUAGAAGGUAUUUUUAAGGAUGGGUGGAAUGCACUUGCUAGAUAUUAUCUGAACAACUUUCGUGAUGGAACAAAACAGGAUGCGAUUGAUAUGGUGCACGGGCAUUUCAUUGCUUUUGUUAGCCGAGAUCUGACUACACAGCCUCCAAAAGGAGGCCUUGAGGCUGUAGCUUCUCUUCCUAUAGCUCUUUUCCUGAUAUUGGCUGGGUUCUUAUUCUCACUAAUGUCUCUAAGGCAAGGUGACUAUCAUAGAAAUAGUUCAAACUUCCUAUUUUUAUUCCUAGAAUACUUUUUAGAUGACUAUCAAUAGCUCCUUUAUCAUAGGAUGCGGAACAUAUUACCAAACUUUGGGGCAAUCUGACAGAAGGUUAAGCAAGCUCUGUCUGCUGCUUCAGUUUCUCUUCACUUGUAACAUGAACAGCCAAAUUAGCCUUGGUUUUGCAAAUCAGUUUUCUUCACCCUAACUCCCAGCCACUACACCACCCCUCCACUGCCACCACCAGAUGUAUGCUGCCCUUCCACCAUUGUCACCACCAGACCCCCAAUUCCACCAGCACUCACCUUCACGCCCCACUAAAAUUUAACCCUUACCACUGUCCCACUAAUUAUCAGCAACCCACAAACACACCAGAAGCAACAAGCAACUUCUCGUGCAGUCCCGCACCCUUCACGAACUGCACGAAAAUUCGCACAGCCAUCCACGAGAAAGCAAGUUAGAAGAGAGAAAAUUUCAGAUCUGAUGAAAGAAAAAACCUCAAAUCUCAAAAACU